AUGGAAGUUUGUAUUGUAAAACCGGAUCGAAUUUUUUUUAAAGAAGAAGCUGAAGAAUUACUUCUUCCAACAAGUACUGGAUAUAUCGGAGUUCUUAAAGAACACGCACCACUUGUAACAGGAUUAGAUAAUGGAGUACUUGCAGUUCGCCAAGGAACUUCAUGGAAAAUUCUCGCACUUCUUGGUGGUUUUGGUGUAAUUAAAGAAGACCGAGUAAAUAUCCUUUGUCGAGAUGUUGAAGAUGCCGCUGAAAUUAACGUUGAAGAAGCAGAACGCCGUGUAGCAGAAGCUCGCACAGGUAUGGAAAAAGCUGAAUCACGUAAAAUCUAUAUUGAAAACCAACUUACGUUUGAUCGUGAGCAGGCGCGUAUUGAAGCGCACACAAUGUGGAAAAACUCAGCAGGUGGACCACCUACAUUUGGUGGGUAA